AAUAUUUUGCACCACUCUUCAAUAAUUCAGCGGUCAAUUGCAUUCAGUUGCAAACUAUCUACUUACCAGUGCUGGCAGCCGGAGCACAACCGUAAAUGGAAUACACCCUGUAAAACAACGGUAUAUAAAAAUGUCACAAAGGCAAACAAAAAGUGCAUAUGCACAUUCCACUAUAAUUAUCUGCCUGAUCGGUGUCAUGAUAACAACACUGCACACCAGCCUCGCGUGGCACUUAGCACAGACCGGCCUCACCGAAUCCUAUCGCGUGCGCCACCUAUCGCUCUAUUACUCACGUGUCUUCCUCUGCAUUAGCGUGGAGAGUGAACUCUUUCCCACGUUGAUCGCCACCAAAUGGCCGGAAAAUUUCGUACCCCUACAAAGCGCGAUUUAUCCGCAUAGAUUCGCACACGCUAAUGGCAAUCGAAGUGACUGUGAAUUGAUACAGAAGGCUAUAUGGACGCAGGUGGAUAAUUUGGGACGUUUGUGGGUAUUCGAUGCGGGGUGGGAGCAAGUGCCAUCGGCGUCAGAUGAGAAGGCAGAGAAAACGACGAAAAUGUGUUCGCCAAAGUUGCUGGUUUAUGACUUGAUCCGGAACGAUGCAGAGGUAUUGCGCAUCGACUGUAGCCGCUAUCUAACACCACGUGAUAGUGAGAAAUUAAUUAUCAAAUUGGGUCCCAGUCCAGCGCUGUGUAAAGUGGAAAAGUAUAUUUACUUCCUACGUCCCGAUGACGCACACAUACUCGCCUACGAUAUAGUGGAACAGAAGUGGCGUCGUCGCGCGCUGCUCAGUCGCAAAUUCCAAGGCAUUAUUGAGGCACCGUUUCCAAUCAAACCAAUUGACAUCGCUUUCGGCCGGCAGCGUGAGCUACUCUUUGCCGAUGCGGAUGGCAAGCUGUAUGCAACACCGAACUCACAAUUAAAGACAAAAACAAAGGAAGUCAAUGAAAUCGCCAAUGACUUGAACGCGAAGCAAUUGCAGCAGACGGAGGUGACGCCGGACGACGAGUCGAAUUCAAUUGAAUUGGAGUUGUUGGGCAGUUUGCUGGGCCCCAGCAAGGGUAUGAUGGUGGAUGGGCGCACCGGUGUGCUAUACUAUGCCGUUCCAAAGUACGGUGCAAUCGUGCGUUGCGCAUUACAACGCAAUUUAACGGCGGAAGACAACGAGAUCGUUUACUUUACAUCGAAGAAUAUACAACAAAUAUUCUUCGGCGUGGGCGGUGCGGUGUGGUUGUUGACUGACCGGCUGCUGGAGCCGGAUGAUCAUUGUUUUGCGAAUAUUUGAUGGUAGCUAUGUAUGAGUUGUUGGCUGUCACUUGAGGGAGCGAGCUCAUAUAUGUAGAUGAUAUAUAAAAAAAUAUAUAAACAU